AUGUGUAGUAAUGAAACUGCACCCCCACUAGAGCCUCGACUGAAGAGGUUACGGCGCCUGAGUGGGGGUGAUGACGGCGGGGGUGUAGGGGGGUCGGUGGGGGGCGACGAGCUGACGCGGGAGGAAGCGGAGGCUGACGCUGAGCGGGCGGAGCUGACGGCGGCGGCGGCGGCGGCAGCAGCGGCGUACUACACCACCUCCGGCACCAGCUGGCACACGGAGCUGGAGCACGGUGGGAGUGUGGUGGUUGGAGGAGGACGCAUUCUGCCACCCCUCACCCGGACUCCCUCUUCUGACAGCCCUCCUCAGCACAGGGAAGGUUAG